UAAAAAUUUACGUUUCAGGAAUGUAUAAUGUUGGAACAUUUAAUUCUUUUUUAUCCGAUAUUUUCCAAUCGGCCGACUAAUUUAAUAAAUGGAUCCAUAAAAUUAAAUACCUGCACUCAUACAUUUCAAUGCAGAACAUAAACUAACGUUUUGUGAUAAGGUUAUACGAGAUUUAGGGGUCACCGAUUGGCAAACCUUUGCCAAUAAUAAUCUUUCAGUUUUGCAAAUAAUUUGCUGACUAUCAUACAAAAUGGGUGUACCAAAGUUCUUCAGGUACACGAGUGAGCGAUAUCCGUGCCUCAAUGAGCUCGUGAAACAAUAUCAGAUACCAGAAUUCGACAACAUGUAUCUGGACAUGAACGGAAUCAUCCACAACUGCUCCCACCCGGAUGACUCCAACCCGCACUUCCGGAUAACCGAAGAAAAGAUAUUCCAGGAUAUAUUCCACUAUCUCAGUAUUCUCUUUCAAAUCAUCAAGCCAAAGAAACUGUUCUUCAUGGCCAUUGAUGGUGUCGCUCCCAGAGCUAAGAUGAACCAACAGAGAGGCAGAAGAUUUAGGUCAGCCAGAGAAGCAGAACAAUUGGAAGAAAAUGCCAAAGCCAAAGGAGAAGUAUUACCAACGGAGAAACGUUUUGACAGUAACUGCAUCACUCCUGGCACGGUAUUCAUGGCUCGGCUACAUGAGCAGCUAAGAUUCUUCGUAAAAGAGAAGAUGUCCACUGACCCGCUGUGGUCUAAAGUGAAAGUCAUACUUUCUGGCCAUGAGACGCCAGGCGAAGGCGAGCACAAGAUAAUGGACUACAUUCGGUGGUCGCGCUCGCAGCCGGGCUACGAUCCCAAUACGCGGCACUGCUUGUACGGGCUGGAUGCGGAUUUGAUCAUGCUGGGCAUGUGCACGCAUGAGCCGCACUUCGCGCUGCUUAGGGAGGAGGUAAAAUUCGGGAAGACAACUCAACGCGCGACGAGUCCCGAAGAAACAAAUUUCUACCUCCUCCACUUAUCGUUACUAAGGGAGUACUUAGAGCAAGAGUUUAUGUCCAUAAAGGAUUCGCUUCCCUUUGAGUAUGAUUUAGAGAAGAUCGUAGACGACUGGGUGCUUAUGGGGUUCUUAGUCGGAAAUGAUUUUAUACCCCAUCUACCUCAUAUGCACAUAUCAAAUGAUGCAUUGCCUUUAUUGUAUAAAACGUAUAUGAAGGUAUUACCUACCUUAGAUGGAUAUAUUAAUGAAGCUGGUGACUUGAACCUGCAAAGGUUUGAAAUAUUUAUGCAAGAAUUAGCAAAAAUAGAUAAAGAAAAGUUCAAUGUGGUUUACGUCGACCUAAAAUUUUUUGAGGCCAAAACUGGUCGGCGGCCCAACGCGCAAGAAAGGAAGCAGUACAAACCCAACAACGACGAAACAUUCAACGUAGAUGUUGAAGACAUAAAGAACAAUAAACCUGACGACGAUCUGCAAGCGCUGAUCAACGCCACUGAAGAUAUGUUUUUAGAGGAAGCAGACGAAUCAGAUGGAUACGAAGAAACUAGUGAUGAGGAGGCCAACAUAGAAAUGGAGUUCUUAUUGCACAAAAAAGAUUAUUAUAUGAAUAAGUUAGACUAUACAAAAGUCACUAAGGAAGUGUUAGCGGACCAGGCGGAAGGCUACGUUCGAGCCAUCCAGUGGAACCUUUGGUACUACUACAAGGGCUGCGCGUCGUGGUGCUGGUACUACCCGCACCACUACGCGCCCUAUAUCUCCGACAUCAAGGGCUUCAGCCACUUGAAGAUCGAGUUCGAGAAGGGAGAGCCCUUCAAGCCUUUUGAGCAGCUCCUAGCCGUACUACCGUCGGCCAGCAAGCACUUACUACCCACACCGUUCCACGAGCUGAUGACGGAAGAAGACUCGCCUAUAGUGCACUACUACCCGGUGCACUUUGAAACCGACCUCAACGGCAAGAAGAACGACUGGGAGGCCGUCGUCCUCAUACCGUUCAUUGAUGAGACGAAUUUGCUAUUGGCAAUGGCGCCAUGCUACGAGAAGCUGACCGAAGAAGAGAUAAAGCGGAACACACACGGGCCCAUGCUGGUAUACAACUGGACGGCGGCCAGUCAGGGCGUGGAACACGCGCCAGAGUACUUCCAGCCCAUAGCGGACUGCCACGCCAUAGAGACGAAGGUGUGGCGGCAGGAACUAGAAGUCCCGGCCGCUGAACUCAAGAGGGGGAUGCUGCCGAAUGCCAUGAGAGACAUGAUCUUCCCCGGCUUCCCCACCAUGAAGCACCUCAAGUAUAAAAGCAGCAUAAAAAAAUGCAAAGUGAAGGUAUUCGAUCAGCCGUCGCGGAAUGAGAGCCUGAUCGUGACCAUCGUCAGGGAGCCCGACGUAGACGACAGCCUGGAGAAGGUCGCCCAGGAGUUGCUGGGCAAGGUCAUCUGGGUCGGAUGGCCACAUCUCACGAGAUCCAAAGUAAUAUCGGUGUCAAACGAAAAGAUGCGUUUGCAUUAUGUGGACAAACAGAACAACAACGUGAAUGGAGCCCCCAACUACACUACAGAAGCUAACUUUGGCAACCUACACAAGCAGUGGAUCUCGGAACGGUCCACAAUUAUUGAGCACAAUAUGAAUAGGCUUGGUAUCGAUUUGGAAACGGUGGAUAUUAUUAUACACGCAGUCAAUCUAAAAGGUUACAAAUACAUGAUCCAAGACAACGUGGCAAUGGUUCGCGAACCGGAAUGGUGUUCCGUAGCGUGCGGGUACGCGCGACACGCGGUAGUAACUGAUGUGUCGGCGCAUGUGGUAGCGCAAACUUCGCGAUUCCACACGCCGCAGGAGGCUUAUCCUCCUGGAGACAAGGUGUUCUUGUUGACGCAGGGACAGUACUAUGGAUGCUUGGCGACGUUGGUGGAAUCCGAGGGCGUUCGCAACGGUCGAAUGAAGGUGCAAGUGACCGAGCGGCCGGAGCCCGUGCCGGUCCUGAAUUCAUCCGCCAUGCCGUACCGAGGCGCCAACCACGCGGCUGCGCAGUGUGGUAUAUCCACACAGAUGCUGUCGCGCGUGACGGGCUCGGUGCUGGUGGUGGCGGGCGAGCGCCACGACCUGCCCACGGAGCAGCUCGGCAAGACCAACAUCGGCCUCAACCUCAAGUUCAACAAGAAGAAUCAAGAGGUAUCCGGCUACACGCGCCGCUGCAAAGUAUCCAACACGUGGCUGUAUUCCGACCGCUGCAUCGCGCUCGUGAAGUCUUACGCGAUGCAGUAUCCAGACCUAUUCGACACGCUGGCCAGGAACCUCGGCUGCGACAUAUUCUUCGAGAGCGACCUGUGGCCCAACGAGAUGGGGCAAAAGAAAGCGAACGAAGUCCAGAACUGGUUGAAGAGUCUGCCGCACAACAACGCGGUGCGCCGCGAAUGCGGCUCCGAAGCCCUGGAGCCCGAGGAGCUGAAGGCUCUAUGGGGGUCGCUGGAGAAGCAGCUGCAAGACCUCAAGCACAAGGAGAAAAAGGUCACGCUGCAGGUCAAGUGGAACCUGCUGUAUAAGGCGGAGCUCCACGAAGGCAACAUCCAGCCGGACCCUUCAGCGGACUACAAGCUUUACGACCGAGUGGUGUGCGUGGCGCGAGGUCUUAGCGUCCCAGCUGGUGCAGUCGGUACCGUCACCGCUGUGUAUCCACCGCCUAACGCCAAUACUGUGCGCCUGUCUGAUAGGCUCAAUGCCGAGCCUACCUACCAGGUAAUGUUCGACGAACCAUUCCCAGGCGGUAUGCACGAAGAAUUAUUUGAUGAAGCGCGAUUUUACAGAAUGCUGCCAACAAACAUGUUGAACAUUUCGUACGGGCGCAAGCUGCGUAACUCCGUAGUCACGGCCGCGCCGCCGUCACCAUCCUACCACAUCACGCAGCCGCCCACGCUACUUCGGAGAGAAGAUGGACACCACUCCGCGUUCGCUAGCUAUAGCCCUCCAACCCCAGAAAAGGCAGAGAACAAGCCGUUACAAGAUGCCCACACCUUCAAUAAUGUGCCACCACCACUGGAUAAUGGCACCAAUUUGCUUAGGACUUUAUUAAAAAUUAGCGAAGAUGAAGAUUCAUCUAAGAAGAAGAGUAAUAAGACAACUACUGAUACAAAUUGGCGAGCCAAAAACGACACCAGCUCGCCUAGCACCACCACAGCGCAAUCGCAGCAGCCCAAAACGCAACAACCAUCGAAUUGGCGUAAAGAAAUGGCCACCAAACCACCGCCAGGGUUCUCGAACGAGUGGACGAAUAAUACUUACAAGAACCAGCCACCGGUGCCCCCUUUCCCCGCCUUUAACCAACCUUUCCAAGGGCCUGUUCCUGGGCCCACUCAAAUCCCAUUCCCGCAGUUCCAAAACCCUCACUUCGCACGCAACCCUAGCUUCGGUUACCAUGGCAACCAGGACUCGCAGCGCCAACAUCACCAACAGGCCAGCGUCCAACAGGCCAACGUCCAAUACCGGCCGUAUCAGCCUGGUGUGCCAGCCUUCCCCAAACAUUUGCCGACGGUCAGCGGGAACAACAUCACGCUCGGUCCAAGCUGGGUCCAAGGACAGAACUUGCAGGCGGUAAAGCAGGGCCCGCCGCCGCCCAGCCCUGGGGCCAGGCCACCCGGCCCGCCGCAGCCCUUCGUGCCUCUGCAGGUGCAAACCAGUCGGAGCGUCACGUACAAGAGAUCGGUGGUGCCACUGCAGCCGAAUGCGAGCGGCUCUUCAGUGCCGAUCAAUCAAGCUACCGCGCAACCGCCGGCCCCAUACCAGCCGCAGCCGCCCAACCAAGUGCCACAACAGAAGCAAGACCCGGCUUCCCGUCCCCAGAAGAAGAAAAAACCCAGAAUCGCCGCGAAUCUACCCUUCCAAAUAGAGUAAACGUUAUUUACCUGUAUUUGCCCAGCUACAAAAUAAGGACAAUCGUAACGACCUACACACUGACAUGGAAUCGAAUUCUGAAAUGAAUUUUAUUGAAAUAGACAAUUGUAAA